AUUUCCUCGAUAUUUAAAAUCGUAAACGCCAACGUGCACAACUGCACAUCAUCAAACAAAAACACUGCAGGCAGGAGUAAAAUAAGCGUAACAUCACCUAACUUAUUGGUCAGGCGCCUUCCACCAUUUCCUCUAAACAACACUCAACUCUUGACCACCUUCUAGUGCUGCUGCCAAUAAAACCCCCCUUUCACAAUCCCAAUUUUGUUACAUUUAUUUUCAAAAACCCUAAUUUUAUCAACUCAAAAUGACAUCUCUUCUAUCAUUUCAACCUAACCCAACUCUCUCCCCCACUACUUCCCUAACCCGAUCCGCUAUCCGCCCAUUUCUCCCUCACCGGACCCGUUUCGGGUCAUUCUCGCCUUACAGACCCUCUCCUCGCGGCACUAUCUGUGUGUCUCAGUUCGGGUUGGGUCAACUACCCGACCCGGAAACAGCUCAGGUUCUAAUUAAGGGCCUGUUUGGCAAAGCUGAAGGCUUUCUUUACACACUUGCUGAUGCUGCUGUUACAGCCUCUCCGGCUACCACUGAUCCUGUUACUACGUCAUCCAAAACCUCUGAUUGGUUUUCUGGGAUUAGCAAUUACAUGGAGACUGUUCUCAAGGUUUUGAAAGGUGGGCUAUCUACAGUGCAUGCUCCUUAUGCUUAUGGUUUCGCAAUCAUUCUGUUGACUGUACUUGUUAAAGCAGCUACCUUUCCUUUAACCAAGAAACAGGUGGAGUCUGCAAUGGCGAUGCGGUCUUUUCAACCUAAGAUUAAAGCUAUUCAGCAAAAGUAUGCUGGUGAUCAGGAGAAAAUUCAGAUUGAAACUGCUCGAUUGUAUAAAUCAGCGGGGAUAAAUCCCCUGGCAGGAUGCCUUCCAACACUUGCCACCAUCCCUGUAUGGAUAGGACUAUAUAGAGCUCUUUCAAAUGUUGCUGAUGAAGGACUCCUGACUGAGGGCUUUUUCUGGAUACCAUCCCUUGCCGGUCCAACAACAGUUGCUGCUCGACAAAACGGAAGUGGGAUCUCUUGGCUCUUGCCAUUCAUAGAUGGUCAUCCGCCUCUUGGAUGGUCAGAUACCUUUGCGUAUCUUGUCCUACCUGUCCUGUUAGUAGUUUCUCAGUACAUAUCUGUUCAAGUGAUGCAGACAUCACAGAGUGACGACCCAAAUCUGAAGACUUCUCAAGCCAUAACAAAGUUUCUGCCUUUGAUGAUUGGUUAUUUUGCUCUUUCAGUUCCUUCUGGGCUAAGCCUUUACUGGUUAACAAACAAUAUAUUGAGCACAGCACAACAAGUAUAUCUUCAAAAACUGGGAGGGGCAAGAAACCCUGCGAGUCAAUUCAGUGAUGAUAGUAUCACAAAAGAGCUAUUGAAAGAUCAGAUAUCUGCAAUUGAGACGACCACAACCAAGGUGGCAAUCAAAGAAGAAAAAAAGCAAACUCCAGAAGGACCCCGACCUGGUGACAGAUUUAAACAGUUAAAGGAGGAAGAGGCAAGGAAAAGAAAGCAAAGAGAGGAAGAAGCAAUGAAAGCUGAUAUAGUUGCAGAAUAUAAUGUUUCAGUAACGAAUGGCAAACUUGAGACAAAAACUAAUUCAGUUGAGUUUGAAGAUAGGAAAAUGGAAUCAUUUCAUGCUGAUGCUUUGUUGGCCACUGAGAAUUCUUCUAUAAACGACAAUCACUCCGAAGAGUUCAAGGAAAAUCAGGAUAUUUCAAGUCGGAGGACGGAAGAUGAUGAAAAUUCCAGUGAUAGAAGCUUUCGGAAGGAUGAUCAGCAGCAUCUACAUAAAAAUCUAAAAUAGGGAGAAGUGGUAGCUGCUAUAGGCAUGGGAGAAAAUAAACUUUCUGGUGACGAAUCAAAAGUUAGGAUAGAAGUUAAGUUGUCAGCAACAGAAGGUAAUGUUAUCAGUACGACUCCAAUAACAAGAUCAAGAUGGGAAGUCGUUUUGUAACAAGAGAAGAAGCAAAAUCAUGCCACGACAAACGUUACACUAGUACAUCAUUCAAAGAUCUCAUGUCAUAGAUGAAUUUUUUUAUUUUUAUUUUUUUUUACUUUGUUACCUUCAGCAGGGAUCUCCGCAAGUUGUAUAUUCACAGGCUGAAAUGUUGAGAAAUAGGAAAAUUUUGGUGAUUUCUCCCUUUGGUGUGGACCAUGCAGAGUCAAACCAAACAAUAUAUGAAAUAUGUGUGCAUAUUGAGACA